AUGCAGUCAGCGGAGAGCAAAGUUCUGCGGCCGCCUGGCUCUCGCUCCCGUACACGUAAGUGGGAGCUCAUCACCAUUUCCGAUGAUUUGGACGAGGAGACUCUGAUACCUGGCAGCCUUGUGUUAGUCCCGGACGAUGCAGAUGAUGACGACAUCAGCAUAUUGGAGCCGCUGACUCCUGCACGCAGACACGUGAUUCGCCCAGCAGCAAAAUGGAGCGGGGCCUUGCACAACCUAAUUCAAGUUGUGGGUCACAGUAGCGCAACCUCUGGGGUUCCCACAGCGGACCCCGAUUCUGCCCCCUCUACCUCCAGAGAUGCCAAGGCCAACUCCUCCGCAUUAGUGACAGCCAUACGGACACAGACACAGACACCGGAGCAGUCCGGCACUUCAGGACAUGCACAGCAGCAACAACCCGGCUCGUCAUCGCACACACUGUCUCAGCCAAAACUUCACACAAACUCUCAGCAACAGGCCGGUACGUCAGCGCAUAUAAAAGUGGAACUCCAUGCAGUUUCCAUCCAAACCCCAUCUACCUCCACAAAUGCCAACACAUCCAGAGCACCUAUACCUGUACUCAGUCAGCCUCAGCCCAGCACAUCUGGGCCCGCGCAGCCACAAGCCGGCCCUUCAGAAGUCGCGACGGCGAGCACCUCUAAAAGUGCCACACACUCUUCUUGUGCGACUGCGUCCAGUUCUUCUACCCAGACUCAAGAAGAGGCCGGUACAAGUUCUCAGUCACAAGACAAUCCUCAGGCCAGCACUUCCUCUGCACAGUCCCAGUCUCGCACACGGACGCCGUCUCAGCCCGGUACAUCGACACAGCUCCAGACCGGCGGGACUGGUGUCCCGCAGCCCCGCCUCGCCCCGUUGAAGGAGGUGAAACUAGUCGUUCUUCCCCAGCAGCCGAGCAUCCUAGCCUCUGCUCUCAUAACCCAACCCCAGCUGCAGUUCAGGCCCCAGAACCUCCUGCAGCCCGUGUCGUUCCAUCUAAUGCAGGGCAAUCUCAUUCAGAUUCAACCACAGCUCCUGGCCCAGGCCCCGGCCCAGCCUCUGGUCCAGGCCCUGCAGCAUCCUCAGGUGAUACAGGUGGCCCCCCCCGCAGUGCUAAUAGCUGCGGCCCCGGAGAGACUCGGACCUCCGGAGGCAGGUCACCGGAUCAUCCUGGGGAGCCAAGCGCCGGGGGAAGCUGUUCCCAAUCCUCCGCCACAGGCCGGGACCUCUGGCGGGGUCCCACUGGCCCGCAGCCUCCACGUCAGGAUGAACGUUAACCUUCUCGUCCCUCACGCUCCCACAGCUUCAGUCCCCCACAACAGCGGAGAGGCUCAGCGAUUUCCGGCUCCAGCUCCAAACCCAGAAAGAGUCAAUCCCGCCCCUGGUCUGGUCGCGGUCCCUCCUGCACCAGAGGACAUUCCCCGAAUAGAGGACGCGAGGCCCGGCCCCUCUGCACCACAAGGGAGAGCGGAGCAGCAGCCCCACGUCAGAGCCCUCAUCACUGGUGUUUUGGAACUCUUCCCAGAUGUCCACGAAGCCUAUGUAGCAGAACUGAUCCAAAAGAAUAAUGUGAAAGACUUGAAUGUUAUCUGUAACCUGCUGUUGGAGAACCCCGAGUAUCCAAGGGGAGGUACUGCAGCAGCCACAGCAGCUCCCACCAGCAUCCUACUGGAGUGUGGGGACACCGAGACAGAGGUGACCGAGGACUUGUUUGACUAUACCAAACUGGGCACGGUGGGACCCGAGGCUGUGAUGCAGGCCGCUGAUCUGCUCAUGGCAGAUUUCCGGAUGCUCAGUUGUCAGGACAUCAAAUGGGCCCUCAAUGCUCUGAAGGGACACUAUGCAAUCACACGCAAGGCCUUAUGUUCAGCGCUGAAGAAGUGGAAAGAUUCAGGCGACCCCUCAGGAAAGAGACGACGGAGCAGAACCUCCGCUGAGCGCUGCUACAUCUGCUUCCAUUUUGAGCACGGAUCAGUGAAGUUUGAGAAGAGGAUGUACUUCUUGGAGAACGACCGUCGCUACUGCCGGACGUACAGCAGUCUGGAAGCUUCUGUGCAGAAGGAGCUUUCAUUCUAUCAGCAGAAGGACAAGGAAUGGGCAGAGCAUGAGGACUUCCUCCUGGCUCUGCAGGUCAAUGAGGACGAGUACAAGAAGGACGGCCAGCUGAUCGAGUGCGGCUGCUGCUUCGGGGAGUUUGCGUUUGAGAAGAUGACGCAGUGUUCAGACGGACACCUGUUCUGUCAAGAGUGCCUGGUCCGAUACGCUCAGGAGGCGGUGUUUGGCUCUGGAAAUUCGGAGUUGAGCUGCAUGGAGGGCGGCUGCCCGUGCUCCUACCCGGUGUGUGAGCUGGAGAAAGUCCUCCCAGAGAACAUACUGUGUAAAUACUACGAGAGGCAGGCGGAGGAGGCCGUCGCCGCCACCUGUGCUGAUGAACUAGUGCGGUGCCCGUUUUGCAAUUUCCCAGCGCUGUUGGACAAAGACAGGUCUCUAUUCAGCUGUCCCAACCCGCGGUGCCGCAAGGAGAGUUGUAGAAAGUGCCACGUCCAGUGGAAGCAGCACGUGGGGAAGACGUGUGAGCAGGUCCUGGAGAGGGACGAGAUCCGCAUGAGGGUGCUCUUUGAGGAGCGCAUGACGGCAGCUCGGGUGAGGAAGUGCGUGAAGUGCGGGACGGGUCUGGUGAAGUCCGAGGGCUGCAACCGGAUGUCGUGCCGUUGCGGCAGCUUCAUGUGCUACCUCUGCAGAGAGCCCAUCACGGGCUACAACCACUUCUGCCAGCACGCACGCUCUCCUGGAGCUCCCUGCCGACACUGCCGCAAGUGCUCCCUCUGGACGGACCCCACGCAAGACGACGAGCGAAUCAUUCAGGAUAUCCAGAAGGAAGGAGAGGCAGAGCUGAAUAAGAAGUCUGCAGAUAAUUCAGGGAAGCGGGUCGGUCCUCCUCCGGAGCCCAUCACCGAAGCCAAGCGGCCCUGUGUGGGUCCUCCGCACGAAAACCCGCCUCACCCGAACCCGGCGGCCCCCCCUCCUCCUCCUCACCCGCAGGCAGUGCAAGCUCCCCUGUUCGUGCCUCCGCGCGCCCGCUACCCACCGGCUCUGCCCCAGGCUGGGAUGUACCACCAGGUGAUGAUACCCCGGCUGCCCCCGGCCCCCUACGUGCCCCCCUUACAACACCUGCCCCCCCUGAACAAUAACAACAACAACCAUCUCCACCCUCCCGUCAACCCUCAUCACCACAACAUGGACAUGAUAGACCUGCCCAUGCACUACGGACCUGCGCACCGCUACUACAGACGCUUCUAACUCUGUGGCGACCGGGUUCCCCCCCCCCCCGGUGGGAUCGGCUCGUCCUCAGAAUCACUAUCCUCGCUCGCUGCAGUUCUACUUUUCAUUUCAGUGCUGGUUAUCUUUUUGGAGAUCUGAUGUUAUUUUGUAUCUCUUUCAGUGUGCGUCACCAUUUUCUACUCCCAUCACUUCUCACAGCUCGUGUGCUCGUGCAGAUUUUUCGGGACACACUGCUCGCCGCUUUCUUCUGCGUCGAGCUGAUGAAACGCACUGAAAUGCUAAAGUUUAUCUGUGGAAACGACACACACACUCGUGAGGACACUUUGCCUUCUCUCGCUGAGCUUCAAUAACGAAGAGGAUCCCCGCGUUACAUGUUCCUUCGUUCAUCUUCUUCUGUUUGUAACAUCUGGGUUGAACUCACGAGCGGUCUAGAAUCUUGAGGCAAUUUAUUUGCAGUUUAUACUGAUAUUUUUGAGUACAUAAUUGAAAGAAGAAAAAGUUAGCAUUCCCUUCUGUAUCUUUUAUGUAACAGGUGUGAGACCACACCAUUUUUUAAUAAAGUUUCAUGUUCACAUUG